AUGUCAUCGACUUCCGAGACAACCGUCCCGAAGCAAGAUUUUCUCUGGGUCAACCAUGAUGCCAACAAUCUGAAACCGGCGCCCCAGAAUAGACAGCAGAUCUUCAAACACGUCCAAAGGAAGUACCGGCCAUGGAAGCGGGGGCAGGAGACCAAAGCACUCAGAAACUCAGCAAAAGUCCCCAAGCCAAAGUGGGAUAGCGAGGAAGCAACAAAAAGCUCCGUUGGGGACAAGGAGGCAGUCAUUGAGGUUCCCACAUCGCCUAAGACUUUGAUUGGAAAAGGCAAUUCAGAUCCGUUCGCGGCGUUUGCCUUGACGAUCACGCCUGAAGCGAACCGCUUCUUGACUUUCUACAGAGAUUAUAUCUUGCCAGCGACCUACUUCCAGAUUCGCUAUAAAACUAGGGCUACUCUUGCGAAGGAGAACUGGCAGGACCAGGUGACUGGACUGCACGAUGUCGGCACUGGAUAUGCCACCCUUGCUUUCCACAGUUCUACGGCGGUAAGGUACAGUCCCACUUUGCGGCCUGCAGCUCUGAAGUUCAUGAAUCAAAGCAUGCUCUCCUUGCGCGAGAAGAUUGCCAAGGACAGCGUUGCACAAGAGGUCCCGUAUGCAUGGCAUAUGACGGUCCUGUUUGCGGCUGAGGUGAACGCUGCCAACCUCAAGAAUGCCACAACGCAUGGCAGAAUGCUCUUCAAUCUACAGAAGCAAUUGUUUGCCAGGGGCAAGCUCGACUACAGGAUUCUCCUGUAUCAGCUGUACCUCGACUCUCAACUUAGCUCCAUGUUUCUAAUGCGCACGAUAUUUGACGUUGACUCAUGGGCGCUUGACUUCAUUGCGCCGGUCGGGAAAGCAGCAGCCAGGAAUCCCCAGCAGAUCGUGUCGCCAGAUACAGUUUUAGACCCUUCGAUAGACACCGAAGAGCUCCAGCAGUGGUUCCAGAUUCGACGAGAACAACUCAACUACGUGUUCAUGCGAAUCCAGCAGCAAGUCACCACUGUCUCGCCUGUCAUCACUACCUGGCGCUUUGCGAGAACAUGCAUCUUCAACGGCCGAAUGGUACAUCACUUUUUGAAAGCGGAGGCAGAGUUGAGGCGUCCCGGCUUGGAGCAGGAAGUCAAGGAUCACCUAUAUGCUCAACAGUACCUCGCCCUUGCAGGUCUAUGGCAUGUGAGAGAUCCGUUCAUGAACCCGAUCCUUCUCGGAAGGCCAAUAUAUGACGGAACGGCGAUCCUCGUCGCACUUCGGAAAACACUCGAACUGGAUCGCGGAGCGGCAGAGCACCCUUUCAGCAUGAGCAGCUGGGAUCGGUACAAGAACGCUCGACUCUGGGCGCUGUAUGUUGGCGCUCUAGCAGAGCGAGCGCCAAAUACAUUUUCCGCCCAGGUGGUACAAUCGUUAUCAUGGUUCAACACGAACCUCGCCGAGCAGGCGGCUGCAAUGGGCAUCUGGACAUGGAGUGCGGCAAAAGUGGUCUUUGAUGGCUUUUUGUACCAUGAAUCCAUGUCCGCUCUGGGAUCUGACUGGUUUGAGCUGCUAAUGACCAGCAGGGCAAUCGCAUUGCCUUUGAGAGACAUGUCCACAGAUAAUGCAAGUUAA